AAUUGUUUAACUAGAUCUAGAUUAUCUGUAUAAUACUACAGUAUAUCACAAAUAUAAAAAUGGAAAAUAACGUCAACAUACUGUUACUUGAUUGCAACUGGCGUGUAUCAUUGGAACAAAAUGUCGUCCUCCUUAACACUCCGUGGGGCACAACUUUUACCAUUGUAUCGACGUAGAAUCCCAAAGUACCCAAUUUUUUGGAAAGGUGAUCCUCAGAUCAGAGUUUUCUUACCCCAAUUUUGGAUGAGGCUAAUUAAACCUGACUAUGAUAUUCCUUCAAACCAAGUUCAUUUUGAAGUACAUAUUCAAAUGAGUGACUUAGAUAUUAAAAAUUAUCUUGAAAAAAUCUACAAAGUGCCAGUAUUGUCUGUCCAAACUGAAAUUAUUCGAGGUGCUGAUAUAAAACAUAAGACUAAAGGUUUCAUCCAAUCCAGAGAGCCUGACAAAAAGAUGGCCUACCUUGUGUUGGCGGAUGGCCAAAAGUUUACGUUUCCCAACAUAUUUGAAAAGAAACCACCCCCGUCAAAGCAACAGAUGAAAGAGUUCCAGAAAGUGCAACGGGAAGGCCAAUUGGAACAGCAGCAGACGUGGGAGAGAGGCGCAGUGCCUCCGUGGUUUAGGUUUUAACUCGGCACACACCGCACACACAUCUGUAAAUAAGUAGCCUUGUGAAAUAGUGACCUGAUGAAUGAACGUGUUUAGGAGGAACGAAGGGAGAGAACUGAGCGUGAAUGAAAUGUGUUCAUUAUAUACGGAGUUAGCAUUCUUUCUUUUUAAAUUGUUGAUGUGAAAAUAAAUGCUAUAAUAUAACGUU